AUUUGGUUCUGCUAGAGACCUGAAGAAGCAUUUAAAUCUUCAGUCAUGAGUAAAAACAAAGAACCAUUUCCCAGAAUUGCGAAAGAGUUGGAAGGCAGCAGGAGCACUAACGCCACACCUUUUCUCCAUGGCUGAAGAAACCAAUUCCUGCUCUGGAUGGUAGAGUCUAUGCCAGCCUGUGCUGCCAAGGCGCUUUAAGAGGACAAAUAGUACCCACGCACAAAGUAAUCUCCAGUGCUCCUAAAAGGGGUAAACCCAUGCCUCUUGAAGCUGAAACUGGUUUCAGAACCUGCAUAGCACAAUUGCUCUGGCAUUGCCUGCCUGUCCCGGGACCUCUCCAGCAGCUUGUUUAUUUUGUCCAACGAGACGGUAAACAUCUGGAGUCAUUUGCUGGGCUUCUUUCUCUUCUUCACGCUGGGGAUCUAUGACAUGACGUCCGUGCUGCCGUCGGCCAGCGCAUCCAGAGAAGACUUUGUGAUCUGCUCCAUCUGCCUUUUCUGCUUCCAGGUCUGCAUGCUUUGCUCGGUGGGCUAUCAUCUUUUUUCCUGUCAUCGGUCAGAAAAGACGUGUCGGAGGUGGAUGGCAUUGGACUAUGCAGGGAUCUCUAUCGGCAUCCUGGGCUGCUAUGUCUCAGGAGUAUUUUAUGCGUUUUAUUGCAAUAAUUACUGGCGCCAAGUGUACCUGAUCACCGUGCUCGCCAUGAUCCUGGCAGUGUUCUUCGCACAGAUCCACCCCAGUUACCUCACACAGCAGUGGCAGAGGCUCCGCCCCAUCAUCUUCUGCUCGGUGUCGGGAUAUGGAGUGAUCCCCACUCUUCACUGGGUUUGGCUCAAUGGAGGAAUCAGUGCUCCCAUUGUACAGGACUUCGCUCCCCGAGUGAUUGUGAUGUACGUGAUUGCUCUUCUUGCUUUCCUGUUCUACAUCUCCAAAGUCCCGGAACGGUACUUCCCAGGACAGCUAAACUACCUGGGGUCAAGCCACCAGAUCUGGCACGUCCUUGCAGUGGUGAUGCUGUACUGGUGGCAUCAGUCCACAGUGUACGUCAUGCAGUACAGACACAGCAAGCCUUGCUCUGACUUUGUGUCCCAUCUGUGACUCCAGUAAGAACUGUGCUUGGCCCCUGCAUCGAUGGUUCGCUGUUGGUACAGCAGUGGAAUUCAAAUGCGUUGAGAACGUUUUUGAGUAGCAGCACUGGGUAUGAAAUGACUCUGAGUUCUAUGAGACCCACUGCAUUCCUUAGGAAGAGCUCCUGUCCGUAAGCAAUGGAAGCGUCUGUCUUGCAUGAUGACUCUCAGAGGAGACGUUGUCAUCCAAUGGUCAAACCUGAGUGCCUCCUCAAGGCCAGGGUUGCUGCGUCCUGUGCUGCUCCAAGCUAAGCAAUGCAGCACCACCACCACAGCCCCACGCAGUCUGUGAGAAACUGGCACCCGAUGACCCACUGCCCUGCGCCAGUCUCUCCUCUCCUUAGGAACGUUUACAGUUUUGGUUUUGGUUUUGUUGUGAUGUUUGUUUUUAUGUUUGCUAACAAAACACUUAAUUCUGCCUUUAAGAAAGGUAGUGAGAGGAGAGACAAACGUGCUGGUUUUAAAAACAUUAGACUGGAAACUAGGGCAUGACUGAGCCACACACUGUCUGAUAGCCCAGUCCCCACUUCCUAAUUUUUGCUCCAAAUGAAAUAUUAUUUAAUCCCAUAUUAUAAUUGGAUUCUUGACACUGAACUUUGAAUUUGAACCUAGUUUUCCCAAACAACUUUCACCUCUAACUCUGUCGUUCCAAGUUUCAUGACGAUGGGUUGAAAACUAUGCGGAUGCUACUUUGCAGGCCGCGCCGUCUGGGUGAUGUGAGCCUAAGUCUGAGAGCACGCAGAUGGCUCAUGUGAGCACAGUGAGACUCACCUCUGCAGUCCGGCUCGCUCUGUGCCGACGUCUGACUGACACCUUAAAAACACCUAUAAACACCAUGACAGUUGAGAGCUGGAGCAUUGGCCUUGUUAAACUCGGCAGUAGAUCUCACUGCCGUCACAUAGUGGCUCCUAGUCUUUCUAGAUGCAUAAGUUAAAUACUCAAUAUUCAGGAAAACUUCCAUUGUCCACCAAACUAUAAAGCACCACUAAGUUUCCUAAUAAGUUGACAAGCUGCUUUAAAUACUGCUGUAUUUUUAGAAAAAAUGGAAUUAACUAAUACACCAUAGAAUGUUCUUGUCAUUGACGUUUAUCCCUAAAUGCACGUUCUGUAUCCAGUGUUAGGAACAUCGAUACACCUCUGCAGGGGCCUUCUUCCCAGUCCAGUGGCGCUGAAAUAAAUCUCCCGUGCUGGAAUGUUAGCAGGAAAGGACACUAAUUCAUAGCACUGUUAUGACGGAACACUAUUUUGGAAGUGGCUGUUGUACCUUAGGUCACAAAUUCAACUCAUAUGCUCAAUUUUAGAUGACCUGGAUAUAAAUAAAAAAAGUGGGAUAUAUUUUCAGAAAAUAUCCUUUAUUGGCCAAUGUUGUUCUUGAAUAUACAUUUUGUCAUUUUGGCCAGAAGGAAAUCUACUAAAUAUUUAUUAAGUAAAAACAGUAAAAUCCAGUAAUUUUAGAUGUAGACCCAUUUUUGUUAUGAAUUCUUCUAAAAAAUAUACUGAGUCUUUUAAGUUUACUUUUUUUUCUUUUUUCAGACAGGGUCCCACUCUGUAGCCCUGGAACGUGCUAAUAAAGACCAGGCUGGCCUUGUAACCAUAGAGAGCCACCUGCCUCUCCCUUCCAAAUGCUGGGUUAAAGGCGUGUGCCACCAUGCCCAGACGUGUACGUUUUAAUUCUUACAAUGCCUGGGUUCCUUGUGUACAUGAGUUCUGUAGUGACUGCUGUAUGUACCACGCACCUAAGAACAGCAUUCUUUGUUCUCAAACAACUGCUCUUUAAAUUUAAGACCUAAAUGUAAGGACAGUUAUUCUAUGUCCUCUGAAAUGUUCAGUAUUGUAAAAACAAAGCUCUGUUGUAUUUAUUAUAAAGGAAUGACUGGACUGCUGUCAGCUCUAAACACUUCUGUAUGUCCGCACUUAUUGACCAUCUACUGUGUGCACAGCACUACUGAUAAAAAAAUUUAUUCACACUAAAGAAUAUUUGACAAAUGCUUAAAAAUCUGAGCUUUGUAAUAAUGUAUAGUUGUUUAUAUUAGUUUAUUAAAAUAAGUUGAAAAUGGUAUUUCCAGCUACAGUAUUUUAAAAAAGCAAGUCUCACUAGCUUAUCCAAACUCUAAAAGCGAAGACUGUUUUUAACUGUGACUGUUUUAAAUUAUAACUUAUAGAGAUGCAGCUAACUCACUUAAUAAUCAGUCAUCUUCCUCUAUAACGCCAUUUUCCCAACAGCAAGCCAUUGUUCAUCUCUGUGGCUUAUACUAAGUGCAGUUAAGUACCUGCGUGACCAAGUGCGCCUAUGUAAAUAAAUACGGUUUACUAAG